AUGAGGUACAGUCAACACCAAGAACACCAACAUUUGUCAAGGAACUACCGUCCUUUACAGCAGCGCCAACCGCCGCAUACUCCAAUUUCGCAUUCCCUCAACGCAGGCCGACCAUCAAAAAAUGAUCUUGCUCGCGAAGAACCUUCAUAUAGGAGUGCGAAGGGUAUUAGACUGAGACCAGUUACAGAGCUUCCUGAUAUGUAUAGAGCACUAUUCAAAUUCGGCGUUUUUAACGCUGUCCAGUCCUCAUGUUUUGAUACGCUCAUCGAAAACAAUGAAAAUAUAGUACGUCAACUGGGUCUUUUCAGUGCUCUCAUCUCACAGCAAUCUUCACCUACUGGUAGCGGAAAGACUGUUCUCUUUGAAUUGGCAAUCAUAGAGAUGUUGAAUAGGACGAGUAACGCAUUGGACAACUCAGUAAAAUGUGUCUACCUGGCACCGACGAAGGCGCUAUGUUCGGAGAGAUAUCGUGACUGGACAGCCAAGUUCAGUUCUUUGGGUAUUAAGUGCUGCGAGCUGACAGGUGAUACUGUUCACUUUGGAAAGGGCGUAUGGGGAGAUGCGAAGAAUUCUACAAUUAUGCCAGCUGAAAAGUGGGACAGUCUAACAAGAAAUUGGGGUGACCAUGGAAAGAUAUUAUCUUCCAUUCGGUUAAUCUUGGUAGACGAGGUCCAUAUACUCAAUGAAUCCAGAGGUAGCACCCUCGAAGUUGUCAUUUCUCGGAUGAAACUACGUGGAUCCAAUGUCCGAUUCGUACUCGUUUCGGCGACAGUUCCUAAUACUCAGGACAUAGCGUCUUGGAUUGGGAGUUCCAGACGUGAUGGUAGCUCGGCGAAAGUCUUCGAAUUUGGUGAAGACUUCCGCCCUUGUAAGCUGAAGCGCGUUAUUGUCGGGGUUCCUCGACAACGCAAUCAGAAUGAUUUUCAAUUCUCCAAAAUUCUUGACUACAAAUUGUUCUCGACGUUACAGACUCACUCCGUUGGGAAGCCUAUUCUUGUUUUUUGUCCAACCCGGAAGGGUGUCUUCGCCACUGCCGAACAUAUGCUCAAAGAUUAUCUUGAAGCCAAAAAAAAGAAGCAAUCUUUGCCUUGGACCCAUUCCGAAAGGUUAGUUGAACACCUCUUCGAAGAUAAGCGUUUGGCUGAAUGGUCGUCAUAUGGUAUCGGUGCCCAUCAUGCAGGGCUGUCGUUAGAUGAUAGACGUGCAGUUGAAAGCCUCUUUUUAAAGGGAGUCCUUCGGAUAGUCAUAGCGACAUCAACCCUUGCUGUGGGAGUUAACCUUCCUGCCCACUCAGUCGUUAUCAAAGGGGUCCAGACCUUCCAAAACAACGUUUCAGUCGAGUAUUCUGAUCUUGAUGUCAUGCAGAUGCUUGGUCGUGCAGGUCGACCCCAAUUCGACAGUGAAGGGAUGGCUAUAAUAUUAUGCGAGACCGAGCUUGAAAGCAAAUACCGAGAGCUCGUUCAAGGCAAAACCAUCCUCGAAAGUUCCCUUCAUGUGAAUCUGUCUGAGCAUCUCAACUCAGAAAUCGGUUUGAAGACUGUUACAAGUAUCAGCUCUGCCACCGACUGGCUUCGAAACUCGUUCCUGUUCCAGAGAAUUCGAAAGAAUCCUCGUCACUAUGCGCUCGGAAAAGGCGAGGAUCAGACCUGGGAGGAACGUGUUGACGAUUUGGUCAUGCAGAGCAUUAAAAAAUUGAAGGAAUCUGAACUUAUUACGUGUUCCGAAGAGGGUGAAGACGGACAGCUGAGUUCUACAGAAUACGGGGAUAUUAUGAGCAAGUUCUACAUUCGUCAGGCCACAAUGAGGGCCAUUCUGACUCUACCAGAACGACCAAGUCUCCGGGAUAUAUAUCUGAAUAAGCUUCGGCGACAUAAUGACAUUCGCUUUGAAGUCAAGAAGGUUGAGAAGACCUCAGACAAGACUUUCUUGCUGAUCCAGGCUGUUUUGGGUGGUAUCUCUCUUAAUUCACCUGAAUACAAGACAGGCGAUAGUCAGCCUCAGCUAGACGCAUUUAGCGUCUUUCGUCACAUACCACGCAUCGCCAGAGCCGUCGUGGAAGUGGCAAUCACGAAGAAACGUGGUGCGCAACUGAAGCACGGGUUCGAAGUAUUACGAUGUCUUACUGCGAAGGCUUGGGAAGAUCGACCCGUGGUGUUGCGUCAAAUCGAGUCAAUCGGAGAGAAAUCUUUCCCAUCAAGAAAGGUACUGGCAGAGCAUGGCAUAACAUCGAUUGAUAUUCUGCGUCAGCAAGAUUCCCUCAGACUUGAGGCACUCUUGAAUCGACGUCCUCCAUUCGGCCUUGAGAUGUUGGCAUCCGCACGCGAAUUUCCUUCUUAUAUGCUGAAAAUAACAGAGAUUGAAGUUCGCACUAGCGACGCAGAAAAGCCGGUGGAAGUCGACUUGUCCAUCGAAUGUGGAUUAACCGAUGACUCUUUCACGUCCCAGGCGAAGUCCAAGAAGCAAAAAGGACGUGUUUACAAUAUGACCUCAAUCAUUACCCUUACCUCUGACAUGGAAUUGAUUGACUUUCGCCGUAUAUCAACGAAGUCAUUGAAAGAAGCCAAGAUUUUUGAAGUUACUGCAGAGUUGGAAAAGCCGAGCCAGUCAAUCGCUAUCUAUAUAUCUUCCGAGCUAGAGCUUCAGGAUUAUGAAGAAGAUCCUGGAUUUUGGGACCUGAUGGAUGGUGCCAUUGACAGUUCGGAUGAAAAGGCGGAGCGGCUCUGGACAACCCAAAAACUACCCAAAAGCUACCGAACGGAAAUUACCUGUCACCCCUUUUCGCUUGACCGUCCUCCAUGUACGCUGACAGGAAUUAGAUGCAACCAUUCUUGCAAGGACAGAAAAAAAUGUCGUCACCUUUGCUGUAAAGAAGGAACAUUGCAUCCACCGAAGAAAACAGCGCCGAUAGCUACGACGAUGAAACCCUCGGUCUCUACUGCUAAACCUAACGCCUCCAAAUCUUCUGAGACUACCUCUCAAAGUUCUCAAUGGCGAAGGGUCUUGGACACCAAGAAGAAGACGCCUACACGCCCUGACCGCACCAUAGAAAGACUAGAAGCUUUGCACAAGAACACUAACGUUCAAGACAACCUUAAGCUCACUGGAGGACAAAGGAUCAAACUAGAACCCAUUCCUGACCUGAAGAAGCGGAAGCGAAAGGCCGCUCCUGACCCAGAGAUCAAGUUCGCUGACAUUGGAGAUUCUCAGCCACUGCAAGAUGUGUGUCGUGACAUCUCCUACCACCUAGACGACGACGAUCUUCCCGAGGCUCACAAAAUUAUGACUUCUGCUCCUCAGAAACACAUUCCUUCUUCUGACGACUUUGCUGAUUCUGAUAUCGAUGCUUUGACUCGCAGUUUCCCUGACGACGAUGACUUCGGCGCACGUCCUGCUUCACCUCUAAACAUCCACUUUUCACUAAGUCCUCUGCCGAAACGUAUGAAGUUCAGUGAUGGAUCGCCGAAAGUGGGUCCUCUCUUAUACUUAUCAAUAUUUGCAUUGAGAUGCGUUGGUCGUAGGUUCAGAAGGACCCUCUUUUUGUCUCUGUCUCAGGUUCUGACAACGGUGUGA